UUUCCUUUCAUUCUUCUGUAUAGUAUAUGCCUUUAUUAAGCUUCCGUGAAAGUUAAGUAGAAGUGUCCUUUUUGUGAUAGUUUUCGUACCGACAACCAUGGCGGAAGCUGAUGAAACUCAGAAGAAAAAGAGGACUUUUAGGAAGUUCACCUUCCGAGGAGUUGAUCUCGAUCAACUCCUAGAUAUGCCCAAUGAGCAACUUAUGGAUUUGAUGCACGCACGUGCUAGAAGACGUUUUUCUCAUGGGUUGAAACGUAAAUCAAUGGCACUUGUUAAGAAACUGCGUAAAGCCAAGAAGGAAACUCCUCCCAAUGAAAAGCCAGAAAUUGUUAAAACACAUUUGCGUAACAUGAUCAUUGUUCCAGAAAUGGUAGGUUCCAUUGUUGGUGUUUACAAUGGAAAAACAUUCAAUCAGGUUGAAAUCAAACCAGAAAUGAUUGGUCAUUAUCUUGGAGAGUUUUCUGUUACUUACAAACCGGUCAAACAUGGAAGGCCCGGUAUUGGUGCCACUCAUUCUUCAAGAUUUAUUCCACUUAAAUAAUAUGUAUUUUUAAGAUAAUAAAAUAUAAAAAUAUUUCA